AUAGGAAUUGAAUUGGACAUUUCAGUUAUUUUUUUUUUUUUAGUUUUUUCUUGCUUUUUGCAGAAUCACUGCAAAUAAUGAAAAUAGAAGUAGAAAAGUAGAAGAGUGGCGUAGAAAUAGAAUUGUCACUAAUUGGCCUACACUACAAAUGUUACACACAAAAUUCACAAUGUCAUUGGGUGUGGUGGCCGCGGCGUGCGAUGUGUGAAGUGUGGGUGGGUGUGUGUGUGUGUGCGGUACGAAUGAGAUUUACAUACAUUUGUGCCACAAUUAAAUAUGUUGUGAUGACUUUUCUUUUUCUUUUUUAGUACGCUUUGUACGAAUUUGCUUGAAUAGCUGGCUAGCUAUUUUGCGGUGUAAAAUCUCUGUUAGCGUCAAUUGUAUGUAGCUCUUUUCACUUUGUGAUGAUUUUUUAGUAGCUAUUAUUUUGGUUUUUUUUUUAUUAUUCUUGGCACAAUUUGUACCGAACUACUGUUUGGCAAAUCGGAAGCGUAGUACAAAAAGCUGAAAAAUUUCAAUUUUAAAAUAAAUUGUGCGCUUAAAGGUGAACAGAUUUGAAAUUACUUGAAAACAAAAAAAAAAAAAAACAAAGCAAUAAUAAACGCCAAUGCGGGACCAUAAUAACGUCUUAUACAUAUUUAACGGUGCCUAUUUGGCAAUUUUCCGCAUUCAGAAUUGUGGCAGCCGAUUUGGCUUGCGCUUUCCGCCUACAAUCGGCUGUUGACCUUAAUUUAAUGAAUUGCUUGCGAUGUUUUUGUGCAUUUGUUGUAUAGUUUUUGUUUUUAUUUUUAACUUAUGUUUUGUGCUGCUGCGUUUCUAAUCAAGAGCGUAAAUGUGAAAAAAAAAAUUUGACAAUUUUCGCAGCUUGACAAAGGAGUGUUCGCUUGGUCUCCUUUGAUCCAAGUAUUGCUAGGAAGCCUCGCGAACGGUCCCUUGGCUGAGUGCAAUUUACGUCAUUUGCUUCUAAGGCCGGUCCUAGUCAGGGCUUCACAGUGACACAUAAUUGUCCCCUUAAAAUACACGAACAUUGGUAAUUUUUGUUGAAACUUGGCAAGAGCCCAAUUCUUCCUUAAUUGUGAGUUUCUUCAAAAUAAUGUCUCCAAAAACAUGGUGACAACAAUAAAAAUAACUUGCGAUGGCGUAUUCAUUCAAUCCAAUUCGUAUCUCACGCCCACCGAGUCCAGCAACAAUGUUGCACAUCGCUCAACAUACGUAGCUAACGGCACGCAACAUUCGCCGAAGUCAGCAACAUCGUUGGCAACAUCUACGACAACCGCAACAUCGUUCGCCAUUUGCAGCGACGAUCCAAGCAACUCUGACGGCAGUGCCAACGAAUUCGAGCAUUCACUACGUCAACGUUUAAGGCAUUUGAAUUCUCCCAAAGUCGCGCUUAUCUCGGCUACAAUUAGCAGCUGCAGCAAUAUCAAUAACAACGACAGCAACCACAACAGCAGAGAUACCAACGGUAAAGCGCACGCUACAUUUAACUCCUUCUCCUCCACCACAUCACCUUCGUCCUCCUCGCACUCGUCAUUUAACUCGCACGCCUCAAAUGCGUCGCAGCGUCAGCGCCGUCGCCGCAGUAAUUCCUCAAGCCCCGUGAUUCACUUAAAUUUGCUGCUGCUGCCUCAGCAAGUGCGCACGCAUCUCAUGGCAAACCGACAGCGGUGGAUACGCGUCGGCGCUACUACUACAAUGGUGCCGGCGGCGUAGGCGGCGUAGGCAGCAGCAACAACAUUUAUUGGUGCAAGCAAGCCAUCAUUGGUAGCAGCCGCAAUGGCAAGGCCAGUGGCGGCGGAUAUGGGCAUAGCAACGGUGCCGCACUAAAGCGUCGUGCCCACACGGUUGAACGUAUGCCGUUGACACGCAGCGCCAGCAGCGUCACUACUCAUAAAGAAUUUAGGAACGCGAGCGCGCGACAACAGCAGGCUGCAACCGCAGGUGUUGCGAAAGUGGUGGCAGUAACGGCGCGGAAGCAACGAACAACAAGGCGCGGAGAUUAGCAAAGACAGCGGCGAUACAUCGCUGAAGCUGGUGGCGGCGGUCUGCAUCUAAUGGUUAUGGCACGCGCAGCUUGCAAGAAGAUUUUUAUUACUCUGAUGACAAAUCGGUGUGGAACAAUAGAAAAAACCAAAGUCAAAGCGAUGCGAAUGUUAGUGGCGGCAGUGCAAUAAAAGCCGUAAUAAAAAGUAUUAACAACAAAAACAUCACAGCAAUUGCAACAAUAAAACUGCUGGAAGUAGUAGAGCCCCCUCACCGGCGGCGCCAGCGGGAAGCAACAGCAGAUUCGCAAAACAAUUCGAAUGCAUUAAAUACAAAUAAUGCAAACCCGAAUACGCGCGCGAGUGUAAAAUGUGUGUCAAAAACCGCGUCGUCAUCGCCGAGCGUAUCUUCCGCUGAUACGACGCGGCUAUUUAAUUUCCUACGUGCCGCGCGUAAAUUUUAUCGCAGUGCCGCGAUUGGGAGUAGUCAAGACUCGAAUUUGCGCAUACACGCAGAUGAAGUAGAUGGUGUUGUUGCACAGCA